AUGGGUGCCGCAUUGUGCGCACCGAGAAAGAAGAAAACGGUAUCCUUUCAAAGCUCCUUGAGCAGUCUGAGUCCUUCUUUUCAGCAAGUGGGAGCCUCUUGGGUUGGCAAUGAAUCAGAGAAUCCAUUCGACGAAACGCUCACUAAAAAAGAUCGUACCCUUCUGAGGGAAACAUGGCAGAGAUUGGAAGAGCCCAAAGAUAUAGUCGGUCUCAUCUUUUUGGAUAUUGUGAAUGACAUCGAGCCGGAUCUGAAGAAGGUGUUCGGUGUGGACCGGGCUCCGCGAGCAACAAUGCUGAAGAUGCCAAAGUUCGGAGGACACAUUCUGCGAUUCUACGAAUUUAUGGAGCAGGUGAGCCCUCUUCUGCUUUCUGCUCAUAACCUCACUUUGUAUCUCUAACCGAAUCCGUACACAUCUAUACAACUACAAUCUCCUCAAACUCUAUUUUUCAGUUGACGUCGAUGCUCGGCACGUCGGAGAAUCUGACGGGAGCGUGGCAGUUGGUUCGCAAAACGGGCCGGAGCCAUGUCAAACAGGGGUAAGGGGGCAGCUGGGCGACACGUCAUCGGGUGCCCGCGUGACGAAAUCAGAACCAGAAAGAGAGCGAUAUGAAAUGAGGGUGGAGAUUGAGUUUGCGAUUAAUCGGUUUUUCCAGAUUCCUCGAGCAAAAUCAGAAUCAGCUGGAGAAAAACUAUUUCGAAGUAGUGAUAAAUGUAUUCAUCGAGAGACUCAUUCCUUAUUUGACGGGUGAACAGGUGAGAAUCCCCAUCGGAAGAAGUCAUUCCCACGCAUUCUAUUCCAGGAGCUGCCUCCAGCGGAAGGCAAAGAGCAGAGAAAGGUGCGGUUUGCACAGAACUACACGCCCUCGCAGAUCACGGACGUUUGGAAGAAGUUCCUGAAUAUUGUGAUCGCUCAGAUGACGGACUCGUUCGAAUUGGAGAGAGCCAAACAGAGAAAUGCGCAGAGCACGAAGGCGUUGGCUCCGAAUCAGCACCUCGAACAGGCGGAACGAAAGAAGAAAAAGGUUGCGGUGAGUUGCAGUGACGUGGCAGAAUGAGAGGAUAUGGAAAAGUUUAGGAGAAGCAGAGUGAGAUCGAGAACACCGCGAGUUCAAAUGAGCCAAAGGAGCAGGAGCAGAUGUUUGAGGAUCCGUUCUGA